AUGAAGGAGGAAAUAAAAAAGAUUGCAGAAACUGGUCACCUGUAUAUUAUCGCCGGGGAUUCGUCGGAGUCUCGCCGAACUCAGACUGGAACUGACGGAAUCAGGAGUCGAGCCGACUGUGACCUUAACUCGCCGGCGAAAGCAGUGGUUGGUUGGUUCAGAAGACGGCGAGGGAAAGGAAAGGGGAGAGGGGAGAGGAUAGAGAGGACUAGGGUGAGAGAACGGGGGCGAGGACGUAACCUUACUAGUUUCCGGCAUUCCUACUCUGUCGCCGGCGUCGGCCGGUCAAUGGCAGAAAAAGGAAAGAGUGUCAAAUUAAAUGGAACGAAUAUGGAAGUGUCCCCUGAUGACACUGCACAAGUUGCUGUAUAUUACUACAGCUCUGCUACUAAUAACAAUAACAUUUUAACAAAGAGUUUUGUCAUGGCUACCAAGUUCCGCCGGCAAAAUGGUGAAGGAUUUUCCCUUGGGAAUCCUUCUUCUUCUACUACUAACAACAAUAACAUUAACGUGCAACCAAAUCCAGAUUUCCUUUGCACGCAGAAGAUUCCGAAAGACUUUGCAAGCAGAUAUUGCAAGAACAUGUUAAACCCUGUGUAUCUUGAGGUUCCCAGUGGAGAAGUAUGGGAGGUUGAAGUGGAACAUUCUGAAGGCCAAAUGUGGCUCUCCAAAGGAUGGCAGGAUUUCUGUGAUUAUUAUUCAAUAAGUUGUGGGCACUUUUUGAUGUUUGAAUACAAUGCUCGUUCCCAUUAUAAUGUCAUCAUAUUUGAUUUGAGUGCAGCAGAAAUCGAAUAUCCAUAUAGUUCUGCCUAUGGUAUACGCACCAUCCAUUGCCAGGGAACACACCAUGCACCAAGUACCGACCGACCCGAGUCGGAUGAUUCUGUAGAUAUCCUUGAGGGUAUUCCAAGAAGCCAGAAGUUGAAAGAAAAAAAUCCUGAUUUGGUUGAGCGGUCGCUUGAUAACAAAGGCCAUUGUCCAUUAGGACAGUCUAGCAAACGGAAAAGACAUGAUGGGGACACAGAGGAUGAUAUUUCAAUUGAUAUGCAUAUCAAAAGAAUGGAGGUUGAGAAGUCGCAAGAGGAUAUAGAUUUCCCGUCUUUCACAAGAGAGGGACAAAAACACAAUGCUCUUAAUAUUCUGUAUGAAGAAAGCAAUGAAGGCUGCAGGAUUCACAAGCAACAAUCCAAGUGUGUUUAUGAUCAGAACAAGACAGUAAUGGACAAAGAGAGCUCUACAGCAUAUCAAAAAGCAAAAGCCUUUAAAUCUAAGAAUCCGUUCAUCAUAUCUUUUAUGCAACCAUCAUAUGUUUCUACUCCAUUCAAUCUGUCCAUAGCGUUGAAGUUUGCUAGGAAGUAUUUCCUUGAGAACGAUGGAAAUUUAGUGCUUCAUGUUCCAGGCAGAGGAUCUUGGUCUGUCAUAUGCACUAUAGGGAGCGGAAAUGCUAAAGUUCAUUCUGGUUGGAAAGCAUUUGUGCUAGAAAAUGAGUUAAAAGUUGGUGAUGUUUGUAUAUUUGAAGUGAUUAAGGGCGCUCAGCUCUUUGUAGAUGUCAAAAUUUUUCAUGCAGCUGGGAGCACAUUAAUGCAUAAUAUAGUUGGAGAAAUCCCAGUGGGUUCUGAUAGUAAAAGCAAGGUUAUCCUAAUUGAUAAUUCUGGUCCAUGUUCUCGACCCAAGGUAGUUCACAUAGAAAAAUUAAAGCUGCAGACAAGAGGUUCUUGUGAUCUUAGUUCAAAAAUCAAAGAAGAACAUGGUGAAGGCACUGAGAUUGAGCAUUCUGCUGAGAUUUUGGGCCAUUAUUCAUCAGGACAGAGCAGCAAAAGAAACAGUCUAGAAGUGGAUUCAGAGGAUGACGCUUUGGAAUACCCACAAGAACAUGUAGCUUCGCCUUCUUUGACAAGAAAUACCAAAAAAAGCGGAGGAAGUUGCGGAAUGCACAAGCAACAGUCCAAGAUAUCUUAUGACAAGAACAAGAAAGCAAUGGACAAAGAAAGGGCUAUCGCAUAUCAAAGAGCAAAAGCUUUUAAAUCUAAGAGUCCAUUCAUUAUAUGUUUUAUGCAACCAUCGUACGUCUCCAGACCAUACAUUCUGAACAUAUCGUCAACAUUUGCUAGGAAGUAUUUCCUUGAGAACGAUGGCAAUUUAGUGCUUCGUGUUCCAGGCAGUGGAUCUUGGUCUGUCAAAUACACUAUCUGUUCAAAAAAUGCAAAAGUUCAUUCUGGUUGGAAGGCAUUCGUGAUAGAAAAUAAGUUAAAAGUUGGUGAUGUUUGUGUAUUUGAAGUGAGUAAGGGUGCUCAGCUAUUUGUAGAUGUCACAAUAUUUCGUGCAGCUGGGAGCACACUAAUGCACAAUAUAGUUGAAGAAGCGUCAGGGGGUUCUGAUAGUAAAAGCAAGUUUAUCAAAACUGAUAAUUCUGUUCUAUGUAUUCAACCAAAGGCAGUUCAAAACGAAAAAUUGAAGCAGAAGACAGGAGGUUCAUAUGAUCUCAAUUCAAAAAUCAAAGAAGAACAUGGCGAAGGAACUGAGAUGGAACAUUCUAUUAAGAUUUUGGGCCGUUGUCCGUUAGGACAUGGCAGCAAAAGAAAGAGACAUGAAGGGGAGGCGGAAGAUGAUGUUUCAAUUGGCAUUCACACCAAAAGUAUCAAGGUGGAAAAGUCACAGGAGGAUGUAGCUUCACCGUCUUUCACAAGAAAACCCAAAAAAAGCGGAGAAAGUUGCAGGAUGCACAAGCAACAAACUGAGAUGGUUUAUGCUGUGAACAUGACAGUAUUGGGCAAAGAGAGGACUAGAGCGUAUCAAAGAGCAAAAGCUUUUAAAUCUAAGAACCCAUUUGUUAUAUACUUUAUGCAACCAUCAUAUGUCUCGAAACCAUACAAUCUGCGCAUAUCUUUCUUAUUUGCUUGGAAAUAUUUUCUGGAGAAAUGUGGCGAUUUAGUGCUUCGUGUUCCUGGCAGGGGAUCUUGGUCUGUUAAAUAUGACCUGGGAGUAUCAGCCGCGAGAAUUCAGUUCACGUGGAAGGAGUUCGUGCAGGACAAUAAGUUAAAAAUUGGUGAUGUUUGUGUGUUUGAACUGAUUAAGGGCACUCAGCCCAUUUUUGAUGUCACUAUAUUUCGUGGAGCUGAGAACAAAUCAAUGCAUAAAAUAAAUGAAGGGGUUUCUAAUUGUGAUAACAAGAUGGUCAAAAUUGAGAAUUCAGUUCCAUGUUCUCAACCCAAAAUUGUUCACAGAAGGAAACUGAAUCUUGAAAAGAAGCAGAAAGGUGAUUCUGAUUGUUUCUUCACUUCAAAAAUUGAAGAAGAACUCAGUGAAGGCACAGUGAUAGCCAAAGAAAUGGUAAUGGCAUAUCAAAAAGCAAAAUCUUUUACAUCUACAAAUCCAUUCUUCAUAUGUGUCAUGCAUCCAUCAUAUGUGUCUCCAGCCAGAGGCCAGAUGCGAUUGAUCAUAAUGCUGUCAGUCGCUAGGAAAUUCUUUUCCUCUAGACAUAGUGAAGUGGUACUUCAAGUUUCAAGCAAGAGAGAAAUACAAUGGGCUGUAAAAUGCACUCUUGGAAUAUCAAACGCGAAGUUCAGUGCCGGUUGGAUGGAGUUUGUGUUGGACAACAACCUAAAAGUAGGUGAUGUUUGUGUCUUUGAAUGGGCUAAUAGAUCUGAACUUCUUUUCAAUGUCAUCAUAUUUCCUUCUGCGGAAGGUAUAUAAGAUUGUUUCACUUGUUUAGUACUUUAAACUCCAACUCAUAUUUUGUUUAGCUACUCCGUUCUGUUUCUGGAUCUAUAUUUGUAACCUUAACUACUUGUAAAGAGUUGAGCUUGUUCGACUCUAUCUGUUUCCUGGCUUCUUGUCUUUCAGAUUUGGAUAUAAUAUUUUACUACUCUACUCC